CCCCACUCCUCCUUGUUUAUUAUUCCUGGUGUCCUCAUACUCAUUGCCAUGGCAUCCGCUUCGUCGAGCUCCAAGGUAGUUGGUAACAACUACCAUAAGAACGGGCACGGUGCGUGAAGUGAUUAUCUAACCCAUAAUAACUAGGGCCUAUCUACGAUGUAUUGCAUGUCCAAGAACGAUAAAAAAGAUACUCAACUCCUCCUAUCAGGUAAGUUGAAAUCUGAGAUGAUGAACAGGACGUAGGCGACGGCUUUCCUUGAUGUAGAACUGAUGAUGAUUUUCUUUUCUGAGAACAAUUUCAUUCAAUUUCUUAACUUACUUCCGGUGAAGUUCGCUGGAUUUUUAUGGCAAUGUUGAAGGCAGAGACCGCCGACACCCCUGGGAGCUCCAGCUCCACGGACGAGCCAGGAGAACCUUCCCCGAAAGGAGGCAGCGUCGAGGACGUGAGUGAUGUCAUCGUCGAGGUCGGCUCAAGCAGCAGCAAAGACAGGACGGCUGCGAAGAAUUCGAGUAGUGCGGAAAAUGACGAGGAAGACGAUGAGGACGAUGCGGAGUUACACCAGCAUCAGCCAGACAUCGCGGCACUGGUGUUACAGGGUCAGACGGAGCUGCAACUCGCUGCGGCCAACGAUGAGCCAGCGACACGGCAAAUCGUAGCGACUCUUCCGGGUGAGGUGUCGCAGAAGAGACGCUCUCACAUUCGUGCGAGGCUGUCGCAUGCCACCAAGCGCCGCCAUGUGCAUGCAUUUGUGAAUAGCCGCAGCGGCGAAGCAAAGACGGGUCUACGAGUCAUCAAGGAGGUGCGUCUGUUACUUGGCGACCCCGCUGUUCCACUGCAGGGUGCCGUGGAGGGGGAUGACACCGAGGCUGCUGACGGUGGGGGCAUUGACGUCGUGGUUGCUGACGAUGUUGAAGAAGACAGUGGCAGCACGACAAGUAGUCGUCCCGACGUGAAGGGAACAGUUGUGGUGGCAGACGCAGCCACGGACUACGGCAGUACCAAGAAAAAGGACGUGGACCCACCUAAGAGUCCGAAUACACAGCGCAGGCAGAACUCCACGAAAGCUGCGGCUGCCUUCGGUUUCGUCUGCGAUUUGGGUGAGGAGAAUGUCGCUCUUUUCGUUAUGAACCGUGUGAACGAUGGGGACGUGCUUCUCGUUUGCGGCGGCGACGGCACGCAAAACUUGGUGAUGUCCAUCCUGCAGGACCUCGGGCCGCGUGCACCCCGUGAUGUGGUGCUCGUCCCAGUACCGUUAGGCACUGGAAACGACUGUGCGCGCGCGCUCGGCUGGGGCUCAAGGGUAAGCUCUAUGGCAGACCUCGCAGAUCGCGUGUUGGCCGCCCAGUCUGAUGCGCUGCCGCGCCCACUCGACGUGUGGGAGGUGAUUAUCGUGCCGCACGUGCGCGGCCGUGAUGUGGCAAACAGUUGGUGUGGCCCGCGCGCGCUGAAGCGUUCGCGCUCGACCCUUACUCGCAUUCAGACGCGCGGUACGCGAAAGCGCCGCUACCUCCUCCGACUAAUGCGGCAACACGGCAUGCUUACGGACGACUUUGCUGCGUGGAAUGCAAACAAUGACUAUAGUGAGGACGGCGACUCUCACCACGCAGAGCAACAUCAAGGCGAUCGGGAGGCAGACGAGCAGAGCGCAGUUGGGUUCCGCGAUCUCAUGGACGCAUCCACAACAAGUGCGUCGGAAGUCGACACUGCGGUCGACUCGACGAAAAAAUCGUCGACGCCACGCACACCCGAAGGCACGAAGACAGUGAGCAAACGCGCGAUGAAUCUGAUGUCUGAAACGCCCAUCUUCCACGCCUAUUUUACGGCUAUUUAUUUUAAUUUUUCAUUGAUGUCCGGUGUGACGUAGAAUAAAUUCAUCGUGAGUGAGAUAAAGUGAAUCCCUUCUGAUUGCGACUUCUAGAGCACGCAGGGCAGACGCACAGACUCACGUUGUCAAGAGCAGGGUGAUUACAAAUAUUUAUAAGGAGACAUCGACGUCUAAUUAUUGGGUGAAUUAUUUUCAGAUGGGUAUGGCUGGCGAGAUUGUGCACCGCGUAACGAACAAGCGUGAAACCCGAUGUGGACGCUGCUGUUUUGCCCGUGGUUACGGGCACUGCAUCUUCUCGUGGGCCGGCAUUGAGUUCUUUUGCUGUUCCUGCGAGCCCUUCAUGGCGGACGCACUUGAUUUUGCUGAAGUGGAAGCGGCCACUAAUGGUGUUACUCACAGUGAUGCCCGCGCCUCAGACGAACCGCCGGUCGAUAGAACCAGGGACACCGAACACCAUUCAGAUAUGACAUGAAAGAAGUGUUUCUUUUCUCUGUAAGCAACAUAAUCGAUGAAAGUACUGCACUAACUUGUUGAGGAUGAAAAGCCCUCGGGCAUUUUCUUUCUCUAAGCACGGAACCAGAGGGGGCGAUGAGAGAACGAGCCUUUUCACUGAAGAUUCGCCAGGACGGAAGAGUGAAGAUCUCAUGAACUUGUUGCGCAAACGCAAAGCAAGACAGUUAACCUUGCUCAAUAUUCCGAGUAUGAUGGCUGGCAAAGCAAAGUUUGCACAAGAGUGGACCGGGAAGCAGAAAUCUGAUGACGGCAACUUCGAAAUUUUUACAAUGCAACGAUUUUGUUCGCUCGCCAGCACGGGGGCGGGUUGCUCAGAGCUCAGAAUGGAGAAGCAGGCGGCCGCCCUUAAAUUUAUGAUCGUGGAUCUAAAUUGUGACUACUACCAAACUGUAAAUGACUAGAUGGUACGACAGUCUUGUUUACUGUUGUCUCAUAGUCAAUCGAAUCAGUGACUUCGAAUAGACAUUUUCUACAUUGAUUUUAAAUGUUCCCACCACCUACUCCUCCUUAUAUACAUAUUAAUUUUGUUUUCAUAUUCUUGAGCAGCAGCGUCGGCCAGUACAUGGACAUCGACGGCGAAGGGUUCGCGCUGAAGGAUGGCUUUGACAUGCUUAUCUGCAAAUCUGAUCGCUACCCACUGACAGUGGGCAUCCGCGAGCAUGCGAAUAACCCGCAUCACAGGGCAUACUGGGAGAAACCUGGAGUUUGAUAGGAUACUGAUUUUUUGAAUGCCAAAAAACACUUAUGGGCACAAGAAUAUACGAACAACAACUGAAUACGAGAGCUUAUUCCUAGGUGCAAAUAAGUAAGAAGGAUCGUCUAGAUAUUGGUUCUCGAGUUGUCUACGAAGUAGGACGGAUUCCAAUCUUUGCAGCUACCUCUCCAGGCUAGAAGGUAGAGGAAAUAUCAUGUACAAAGUAGAAACUAGUAACAAUUCGUUGCAAAAACGCAAAGAUUAUAUUAACGGCAUCAGAGAUUAUGAUAUUUAUUUUUAUCGUGUGUAAUCGUUUGACGCUUCUUAUCGUGUGAUUUGCUACCCAGUAGUGUGACUUGUUCGUUGUCUAGUAUCAACCAAGGAUACUGAGUCAUGAAAAUGAAAAGAUUUUUGUGUGGAGAACGAGAUAGAAGACGGACUCCCAACGAAGAAUGCAUACACUGUCGUAGGUUUUAGAGCUUGAUGGUGGUUGUGUGGUCCGGGAACGGAAUGUCAAGUGGCGGAGCUCUGAGGUUUGCUUCCAUGUUCUGUCGUAAAAUUUCCUCUGUACCUAUGCUUAAAUGAUUAAAUUUUAUCGGGGAAUGAAGAUGUUUGAAAAGUAAAACCAACAAGAUUGCAACAUAUAUUAUAACGAAAAUGCGUUCACUUUGAUAUCAUGUACGAAAGGAAUCGAUUGCUGGAUUUGGGUUACUAGCUCCAUGGUUUUGAAUCUCGUAUCGACGUCAGCAUUAUGGACUACUUACUUAUAUCUAAGAUUAUCAUCUUGUUGUACAAAGAAAUACAAAUAAUAGCUGUUUUGAUGAUGCCAAUCCUCAAAAUGAUUUCACCGCACUCCUAUGUAGGUCCCUAGGUGUUUAUGUUGGUGGAGACAGCCUCGAUGUUAGUUUAUGAGCCAUUCGGCGCCAGGCCUCUUUGGCGCAAAGAGCCGUUGACCGAAAAGCAGUGGC